AUGCCUUUACUUUUAGUAAAACAGGACUACCGAAAGGAGCAAGAGAGGAAAAUAAUAAACAUGAUGCUAACCGACUGCUUGCUUAUUCGUACAUUUUGAUAUGCUUUACAAAUAUGUGAUGCUCCAUAUUCAUGAUAAAUUUAAAAUCUGUCUUCGAUGUACAUUUCCUUUUUUUUCUGAUAAAGACACAACGAUGCCCGUGUAAAGAUGGGGGAUUGGAAUUUUCUAGGGGGGAUAUUGGAGGAGGUGCAUAUCCACUCCACUAUGGUGGGAAAGAUCUGGCUCACCAUCCUAUUCAUCUUCCGCAUGCUGGUGCUGGGUGUGGCGGCCGAGGACGUGUGGAACGAUGAGCAGGCUGACUUCAUCUGCAACACGGAGCAGCCCGGGUGCCGGAACGUCUGCUACGACCUGGCUUUCCCCAUCUCCCUCAUCCGCUUCUGGGUCCUUCAGGUCAUCUUUGUCUCAUCGCCCUCUCUGGUGUACAUGGGCCAUGCUCUCUACCGCCUCCGAGCCCUGGAGAAGGAGCGGCAGAAAAAGAAGGUCCUGCUGCGUCGCGAGCUGGAGCUGGUAGACGUGGAGAUGGUGGCAGCUCGGAAAACGAUUGAGCGAGAGGUGAGGCAACUGGAGCAAGGCAAGCUCAACAAGGCUCCGCUUUCGGGGUCCCUGCUGCGCACCUACGUGGCCCACAUCAUUACCCGCUCCGCCGUGGAGGUAGGCUUUAUAACGGGCCAGUACAUCCUCUAUGGCUUCCAGCUCUCCCCUCUCUUCAAGUGCGAGCGUGAGCCUUGCCCCAACGCGGUGGACUGCUUCGUCUCCCGGCCCACAGAGAAGAGUGUCUUCAUGGUCUUUAUGCAAUGCAUCGCAGUAGUCUCCCUCUUCCUAAACAUCUUGGAGAUCAUGCACCUGGGCUACAAGAAGGUCAAGAAGGGCAUACUGGAUUACUAUCCACACCUGCAAGACGAGCUUGACGACUUCUACUCAAGCAAAACCAAGAAAGACUCCGUAGUGCAUCAGACAGGCAUGGCUUCCUCCGGCUGCAAGCCCACCAUGGCCUCCGCGCCCAGUGGCUACAACCUCCUACUGGAGCGGGCCCAGGACGGUCACACCUACCCCUCCCUUAUCAACCCCUCUGCCUUCCUCCCUGUUCAGGGUGAACUGGCUGGUAAACAGAGUGUGGAAGAACUAAAAAAUGCUGCACAUAGCCUGACAGAGCACAACUCCAACUCCAAUAACACCAGCAGUGACAGCCGCUCACCGCCCUGCGACUCACUGACCCCGCCAAAGCAGGAGGAGCCAGAGGAGUCUGCAGACUCUCCCAUGCGCCCAAGGAACGCAUCUCACGCUUCCUCCUGCCCGACAUUGCUAGUAGGUGCCGGAAGGAAAACAUGGAGGGUCAAUGCUCCCUCAAAUUGUUCCACAGUGGUGGAAGGCAAAAGCUCAGACACAGAUUCUUAUGGGGGUGCUAAGGCCAGUGGUGGGUACCAAGCCCGGACUGCAUCGGAACCCAAAAUGCUUCCCUCCACCCCAGACUCACUAGAGGAAUCAAGUUCAGGGUCACAGCAUAGUCCGAGACCACCCUCUUCCAAUCGCCGACCAUCAUCCACAAGCAAUGCAAGCAGUAGGCGAGCCCCCACAGAUUUACAAGUUUGAAUGCUAAGAGUAAAACCUUAUCUUUUGUCCCUUAUCAGACAAGAAAACUUCAGUUCAAACACAAGAUCAGAAGAACUUUACACGAGUUGUGACAUUGUGCGAACUGCUUUGGAGGUGGAUCUGUUGCAGUAGCCCAGUAAAAUGGAUAGAUCUGUUUUAUAAGAUGGCACCUCUUUGUUUCUGUACUGUUGAACUCCUCUACUUGGUAGUUUACUUUUGUAUUCACCAGCUUCAAAGCCUCUGUCAUACUUUGUGAUGACGCAAGACAUUGAUCAAACAUUGGGUGUGGGGAUUUUCUAUUGGGAAUAUUGACCUGCUUUUAAAAGUGUUGCAGCUAAGACAGGAAAAAAACAACAGUACAGUACACACCGUUGAAUGGUUUCUGUGUGUUCCGGUCCAUUUUAAACACCAUUGUUUAGAGAGAAACCAUGAAAAUAUGUCUUAGUGCUAGAACUAUGGCUACGUUUAGACAGGCAGUCCAAUUCAGAAUUUUGAUUCAUUAAUUGGUCUUUUGAACAAUCAAAUCAGCUCUGGAAAAGUUCUGAUUGGUCAAAAGACCAAUUAGUGGAAAAAUAUCAGAAUUGGGUUGCCUGUCUAAAACUCAGCCAAAGCAGCUUAUUGACCACUGAAAAUAGAGUAUGUAGUCUAAAUAAUGUAUAUUGCAUGAAAGACCUAAUUUCAUAUUUAUAAAACCUUAUAUCUAGAUUUUUAUUUUGCAUUAACUAUGUCCAUACUAUCAUCGUAAAACCAUGUAUGACGGUUACAAUGGCCCUGUUGAUGAACUUGUCUCCAUGUUCUUUUAGGCACAGCUUUUCUGUUAAGGGUUGUGGGGCAUUUCAAUUAACGCCAGCAGAGCCUCUGGGCACACAGUACAAAAGUGAUUUCAUGAUGUAAGAUUUCUAUAUUGUAACAAAUAUGUUAAUGUGAUUAAA